AUGGUAGUCUUCCAAGAGUUAAGAGCCUGUCCCAAAGGAGAAGGGCUCAACCUAACCUCCCACACCCCUGAGGGCAAGACAAGAAGCAAUAAACGGAAGAUCGUUAAAACCUCGCUGCUCAUCCCUUCUCCUGUUCUCCUCUCCCCAGGCCCUGCUGCAGGUCUUGUGCUGUCUACACCCUCGUUCCCAGUUUCUGUCUCCCAUGGAGAGACCGCCUUCCUUCUGGUCUCGUUGAAUUUCUCUUCUUCGGUGCCCACCUACUUCCAGAUCCGAUGGCGUUUCAUCACCGGCCCAUGGCCGGUGUUGAUUGUGAAAGCUGAUAACUGCAAGGGUGCCCAUCAGUGGUGGGAUGCUUGCGAGACCACAGUGGCCAAAUCAGAGAGAUACAGGCACCGAGCAGAGUGGUCUUCUGAAGGCGCUUCGCUGAUAUUACAGGAUGCCAGAGUAGAAGAUUCGGGAAUUUAUGAAAUCAAGGUGCUGGCUUUGGGUGUCAGAUUGUCAGCCAACAUCAAUCUAACUGUGAUCAAUGAAACCAGCACUCCUCCGUUGAAUGCUACUGCCUUUGAUGAUCAGAGAAGUGGGGUCUCUUCCAGCAAAAGCAGAAUUGGCCUUUCUGGCCACCUGGGUUGUGUUGGUUUUCCAGCUCCAGUCUCUUUGAAGGUGGGAUUUGGCCGAGACUAUACGGUGCCCAAUAUCAUCCGACUGAGCUUAGCUGGAUUGAUUCUCUGUCUCCUUGGAUUCAUCAUAGCAGAGAAUGUUGCUUCCUGUUACACCAGACAGCGAGAAGCAGGGGUGCAUCAGAUGGAAACUCCCUUCUCCUCCUCUUCCUUCUCGGUUCCUGAUUUGUGA